AUGGUUUUGACCACUCUGUUCUUUGCUAUGAGGGACGCCAGUACUAGUACGGAUAUCAUCACCAUGGACGAGUUCGUGGAUACCUUCACAGAAACUCUUAUCUCUUGGAGCAGUCAAUCGACCACAGAAGUUGGACGUGGGCGCCGAAGUACUGAUUCAUCCUCUCUAACACGGCUAUCGGAAUAUGUAAAUGUAAAUUGCAACCUCAUGUGCAUCAUAGAGACGCAAGGAGAGGGCUCCCAUCGACAGAUUCUCGUCUGUACAUCAGAAAGCAAGGGCAGUCAUAGGAAGGGCAUUCCUGUCAGGACGACCUGCGUGGAACAUGCCUCCGGUAGACUUUUGCACAUGAUAAUUGCCGUUUCUGAUGCUUCGGCAGACUGUCUAGAUAAUGACUUUGCUAAGGCUGUGAGCGAUGCACUGCAUACAAUGACACCCGAACCCGAAGCGCUUUAUCUCACCAUUGAAAUCCCUCUUCUAAAGUUGCAUCGAAAUGACUUCACGGCACUCGCUUCCAAAGUGCGACGUCUUUCCAUUUAUCUUGGGCAAGCCGUUCAUGUGGAUCCUAAUGUUUUGUCAUCAUUAUCCUUAGACUCAUUUUCAUUUGAGGGUUGCCGAUUGAAGAAGACGACAGUUUUUCAAAAUGAGUCACGGCACUGCGAUGUCAACUUCCUUUACACCUGUCCAAAAAUAGACGAAUUCAUACUAUCCGUGGAUAGAACGGGCUGGACAAGGCUCUGCUCUGAGCGUGCAUACAAUCACUCCAAUGCGCAACAUUUCGGAGAACAACAAGCAUGCGGUUGCAAUGAUUACCGAUCCCUCUUAGAAGCUCUUCAUAAUUCUGAAAAGAGUCGCUUCAACGACGAAAAGUUUGCAAUGCUUAAAGAUGAGAAUAAACGCAUGCAAACUGCCGUCGUAGAGGAGGAUGCUGGAUCGUGA